GGGAAGUAAUGGAAACGUAACCCAUUUACGUGAUGGCUGUCUCUUUCUAAUUGAGGGAUUGAGACAAACGGAGCCAAACCAACAACCAACCCAUCCUUGCCGUAUCGGGAAACUUCCCUUCAUUCUUUUAGCCUUCUCUGCAAAUCUCCUCUCCAACUCUCAUGGAAGGCUCAGGGAAUGAACGUUUCGAUUUUGGAAAGAUGGGUUACGGAUGCAAGCAUUAUAGAAGAAGAUGCCAGAUUCGAGCUCCGUGCUGCAACGAGAUCUAUCCAUGUCGUCAUUGUCACAACGAAGCCACGAGCAUGUUGAGCAACCCUUUUGAUCGGCAUGAGCUCGUCCGCUACGAUGUUAAACAAGUUGUUUGUUCAGUUUGUGACACAGAGCAGCCGGUUGCACGAGUCUGUACAAACUGCGGCGUCAGCAUGGGGGAAUAUUUCUGUGAAAUUUGCAAAUUCUACGAUGAUGAUACUGAUAAAGGGCAAUUUCAUUGUAAUGAUUGUGGGAUCUGCAGAAUCGGCGGUCGUGAGAAUUUCUAUCACUGCAAGAAGUGUGGGUCUUGCUAUUCAGUUGGCCUACGUGAUAAUCACUUGUGUGUGGAGAACUCCAUGCGGCACCACUGCCCCAUUUGUUAUGAGUUCCUUUUCGACUCGCUGAAAGACACUACUGUAAUGAAAUGUGGUCACACAAUGCACUGUGAAUGUUACAAUGAAAUGAUGAAGCGUGACAAAUACUGUUGUCCAAUAUGCUCCAAGUCAGUGAUUGACAUGUCCAGAACCUGGAAGAGAAUAGAUGAGGAGAUAGAAGCAACAACGAUGCCUGAGGAUUACCGGUUCAAGAAGGUAUGGAUCCUGUGCAAUGAUUGCAACGACACUACCGAAGUUUACUUCCACAUUAUUGGGCAGAAAUGCAACCACUGCAAAUCAUACAACACCCGCACGAUUGCCCCUCCAGUUCUUCCUCAAUGACCAUGGUUCACAAUAUAUCCAGUCUGGUAGGCGCAGUGAAAAGCUUGUACCGUUAAUGAACAACGUAAAUGGGGAUUCGGUUUUUAUCCUCUCAAUUGAUUCUGUACCAUUGCAUUAUGAUUCAAAUGAUUGUAAUGCUGUAUGUGUCCGUCGAACUUUUUCCAGGCUAUUGUUGUUCUAUCAAUUUAUGUGGAACCCAGGUGAUGAGUC